AUGUACCAACCGCCAUCACAGGGGAAGCUAGAGACUAAUCCAUACUCACUGCCGGCUUCAUUAGAGCCAUCAACAAAUACACCAUCAGCAGAUCUAACGUCCACCGCACUUAUCCCCCAAAAACAAAAUCAACAUAAAAGUCAGAAUAAAAACAAAAAUUUCAACAUCAUAAUUGGGCCUAGGGCCAGGACAAAAACCGGCUGUUUAAACUGCCGCAAGAGAAAGUACGUUGACCCUUUUGAUCUGCAAUUCUUGUGUCGGUGUGUGUAUUUUUUUUUUUAUUUCUAACAAAGUAUUGCUAACGUUAAUUAUUGUUCUUCUAGGAAGAAAUGCGACGAGACAUCACCAACUUGCCAAGCAUGCCAAACCCGGAACCAAGAAUGCAUCUGGCCCAAUCUAACCAGCCAAAGAGGAGCUAGCCCGAAACGACGACUAUCGGGACAGGAGCAAGACCAAGUUGCCAAAAGGCCCGCGCGCGUCAUCUCGGGUCUAUUUGGCUUUGAUAAUCAUCCCAUCGAACCGCUACUAUCGAACUCGAACUCGAAACCGAAACAUGGCCAGUUGCAAAAGAGCCAUAGCGAACUUGACGUGUUGAAGGAGAUGCGGCACGUGGGUGCCUUGUAUACUGUAUCUUCGCAAUCUGAUCUCCGCUCGCUGAUUGGCGUGGCUAGCGAAGCAGACUAUAGCAGGCGCAAAGAGCGACACACGGUUAAGAACGACCAUGUCCAUGACGUUGAACAAGAGGACGAGGAAGAGGAAGAGGAGGAUUACCAUGACGGGUGUACUAUGGACGAUGUAGGGCACUAUAAUUUGAAUGUGUUAUUGUCCAAGGAGGGGAUAUAG